UUCAUUGAAUGCACUUUUCUCCAAACUCCUCCUUUUUCUUUAUUUUCUAAAAAAAAAGAAAAAGAAAAAAAAGAGAUGAUGUUGUCAAUGUCUAUUCAUCAAGGGAUCAAACCUUUAUCUUCUCAAAGUCUCAAUGCUAAUAAUAAUAAUGGCUUCCUAAAAGUCCCAUGUUUAUUCAAGCUUCAUCACCCUUCAUCAUCAUAUUUCUUCAGCCAUAAGUCCAGAGUAGCUCAAAGAUUUCACAAACUAUCUGUGUCAGCAGAUUUGGCUGAACCAAUUGUUGAAGAAACCGAAGCACCCGUUGUCCCUGCUCAAGAAAAUGAGGGAAAGAAGACAAUACAAAAGCCGAGGCUGGUGCUGAAGUUCAUAUGGAUGGAGAAGAACAUAGGUCUUGGGCUAGACCAAGUGAUACCAGGACACGGAACCGUACCUUUGAGUCCUUACUUCUUUUGGCCAAGGAAAGAUGCUUGGGAAGAACUUAAGACCACUUUGGAAAGCAAGCCUUGGAUCUCUCAAAAAAAGAUGAUCAUCCUUCUCAAUCAAGCCACUGAUAUCAUCAAUCUUUGGCAACAAAGUGGUGGCAAUUUGACUUCUUAAACAUUUUGUAACUCCCAACUUUAUGUUUUGAUUUCUUAUUUAGCUAUAUCGAGUUUUUCAUUGCAAAGUUUUCACAACCUUUUAAAAAAAGAUUGUUUUGUGCGAGUACCUUUGUGUUAUAUGAAAGUAUAUUAAUAAAAAGAUUAGAGUUGUUUA